UUGUACAAUAGCACAGAAUAAUAGAUCUAUACUAUUCCCACAUCAAAACCCCAAAAGCAAAACCCUAAUUCCACCCCUCUCUCUCUCGGCUCCCUCUGUGCUUCGAUGGCUGACUCAGUGAUCUCAAUGGAAAAGGUUAAGGCUUUCUGGAACUCGCAAAUCUACGAUGAAGAUAAGUGGGCUCUCAACGCGAAAUUGCUCCGUGCUGCAGGGCUCUUUGCUGGCUCCAUUAUUUUGAUGCGCAGUUAUGGUGAUCUCAUGGCUAUAUGAGAUACCUGAUGAGUCUCUACGCACAAGAAUCGCAUCCUAGGAAUUACUUGGGUUUUCUGCUCUCUUAUUUAUCAUACUAUUAGUUGCCAGCAUGGAUUUUUGAGUUGUGUUAAAGACGAGAUAUUCAUGCUUUAACUUCAGGUUGUUAUGGCUGGUUCAAUGGCUUAGCUUUAAGUAGUUUUGGUUUUUUUACCUUCAAUGUGCCAUGGUAAAUGAAUGUGGAAAUAGCACAACUUUCAUUUUCA